AUGCCUCGAGGACCUCCUCCUUUCCUUGUCCUCAUUGCCGCCGUCUCUCUAUUCGUGUGGUAUGUCGUUUGGACGGCCGGCCCUCCUCGCGACAUGACGGCAUUCUCCUACUCGGACAAAAUCCAAGAAAAGAUCAAGCCCAAGCUGUCACAACACUUCGCCCCCAUGGCGGACGAUACCGAAGUUGUUAUCCAUGGCGAGCAUGUGAUGGGUAAGCUCGGGAACGAGACAUUGAAAGCUGAACUUGGUCGUGCCGCGUGGAAAGUCUUGCAUACCACCAUGGCACGGUUUCCCGACAAGCCGACGCAGGACGAACAGGAUGCUCUGAAAAACUACCUCUUCCUCUUCGCUCGACUGUAUCCGUGCGGCGAGUGUGCCGAGCACUUCCAGAAGAUCCUCAAAAAGUAUCCUCCACAGACAUCCUCGCGAUCCAGUGCUGCGGCGUGGGCGUGCUUUGUACACAAUCUGGUCAACGAGCGCAAAGGAAAGCCGAUCUUUGACUGCGCCAAUAUUGGCGAUUUCUACGACUGUGGUUGUGGUGAUGAUGAGAAGGAUGCAAUUUCUGCUGCGGGAGCGAAGAGCAGUUCUGUUGCCGCCGGCAAGCCAUCGAGGCAUGAAUCUGUUGAGAUCGAGGUGGAAGGUCCCACAAGAGGUGGUUGA